AAGCCCCAGCACCUCAAGUCGGACGAGGAGCUGCCGCCGCCGGACGGGGUUCCCGAGCACGGCGUCCCCGGGGAAGGUGCAGACGACGUGGACAGCGGGAACGAGAGUCGAAGUGGCGGUGAGGAGACCAGUGUGUGUGAGAAAUGCUGUGCAGAGUUCUUCAAGUGGGCGGAUUUCCUGCAGCACAAGAAGAGCUGCACCAAGAAUCCACUGGUGCUCAUUGUGGGCGAGGAUGAGCCUGCACCGCCUGCCGAGGAGUUUCCCGAAGCUUCCCCUACCAGCUCACCCAGUGAGCGUGCUGAGGCUGAGAGCGAGGCCACAGAGGAGGCCACCCCAGCUGAGGGUGAGGCGGGCGAGGCCCAGGUGCCAGCACGAGAGCUCGAGCCUAUGGACGUAGAGGGGCCCGGGGACAAGGGCAGCACAGGCCCGGCAGCUGCCCCACCACCCCCAGCCCUAGGCCCGGGCCCCGAACCCACCACAGCUACCUUCGGGAUGCCCAGCACCAACGUGACACUCGAGACCCUGCUCAGCACCAAGGUAGCUGUGGCACAGUUUUCCCAGGGUGCACGCAUGGCAGGUGGCACGGCGGGCACAGGCGUUGGUGCCGUGGCCAUCCCCAUGAUCCUGGAGCAGCUGGUGGCCCUGCAGCAGCAGCAGAUCCACCAGCUCCAGCUCAUCGAACAGAUACGCAGUCAGGUAGCCCUUAUGAGCCGCCAGCCUGCACGGCCACCCCUAAACCCUGCAGCAGCAGCGCCUGGCACACCUGGCCCAACUUCCCUGGCUGCACACCCUGCACUGCAGCUCUCAGCUGCACAGGUCCCUGGCCCUGUGGGGCCUGCUGCCCCACCAGCCACCUUCGAGGGCCCCCAACCCCUGGCUCAUCCCACAUCCGGAGCAAGCCCCCCAGGUGGCCCCAGCCCUCCAGAGUGCACAGCACCCCCAGUCUCCAAUGCAGGGCCCACAGCGCCUGGUAGCACCCCGCAGCCGCAGAAUGCGCCCACGCCCCCUGCCCUGGGCCCUGGGCCCCUGCUCAGCUCCACCCCCAGCCUGCCAAGCCCUCUGCUACCUCAGACCUCUUCCAACAGUGUCAUCUUCCCCAACCCCUUGGUCAGCAUCGCUGCCACAGCCAAUGCCCUGGACCCACUGUCAGCCCUCAUGAAGCACCGCAAGGGCAAGCCACCCAACGUGUCAGUGUUUGAACCCAAGGCCAGUGCUGAGGACCCCUUCUUCAAGCACAAGUGCAGGUUCUGUGCCAAGGUCUUCGGCAGCGACAGUGCACUGCAGAUCCAUCUGCGCUCGCACACUGGUGAGCGCCCCUUCAAGUGCAACAUCUGUGGGAACCGCUUCUCCACCAAAGGCAACCUGAAGGUGCACUUCCAGAGGCACAAGGAGAAGUAUCCCCACAUCCAGAUGAACCCCUACCCUGUCCCAGAGUACCUCGACAACGUGCCCACCUGCUCCGGGAUUCCCUAUGGCAUGUCACUGCCCCCAGAGAAGCCAGUGACCACCUGGCUAGACAGCAAGCCAGUGCUGCCCACAGUGCCCACAUCUGUGGGACUGCAGCUGCCCCCCACCAUCCCCAGCACUCACAGCUACACCGACUCCCCUAGUGUCACCCCCAUCAGUCGCUCCCCACAGAGGCCCUCUCCUGCAUCCAGCGAAUGCACCUCCUUGUCCCCAGGCCUCAACCAUGCUGACACCAGCAUCCCAGUGUCAUCUGAGUCCCCACAGCCACUUCUCAGUGCAUCUUCUCUGACUAAAACCGAGCCUGUCAGCCUGUCUUGCACAAAUGCAAGGACAGGGGACAUUCCUGUUGGCGGGCAGGUCAGUGCUGUGCCCACGUCUGCAGUCACUACUAUCACAGACAGCACUUCCACAAGCCUUGGCAGCCCCGGUCUUCCAGCAGCCUCUGACCAAUUCAAGGCCCAGUUUCCCUUUGGUGGCCUGCUCGACUCUAUGCAAACAUCAGAAACCUCGAAACUGCAGCAGUUGGUAGAGAACAUUGAUAAGAAGAUGACGGAUCCGAAUCAGUGUGUCAUCUGCCACCGGGUGCUGAGCUGUCAGAGUGCCCUAAAGAUGCAUUACAGGACACACACAGGGGAAAGGCCCUUCAAAUGCAAGAUCUGUGGCCGUGCCUUUACCACCAAAGGCAACCUGAAGACGCACUUUGGAGUCCAUCGUGCCAAACCACCCCUGCGUGUUCAGCACUCCUGCCCCAUUUGUCAGAAGAAGUUCACAAAUGCCGUGGUGCUGCAGCAGCACAUCCGCAUGCACAUGGGAGGGCAGAUCCCCAAUACACCGCUGCCAGAGGGCUUCCAGGAUGCCAUGGAUGCAGAGCUGCCCUUUGAUGAGAAGAAUGUGGAAACCCUGAGCAGCUAUGACGACGACAUCGACGAAAACUCGAUGGAGGAGGACGCAGAACUAAAGGACACAGCCAGCGAUUCGUCUAAACCGCUCCUCGCCUACUCAGGGUCCUGCCCGCCAUCACCUCCCUCAGUCAUUUCCAGCAUUGCUGCCCUAGAGAAUCAGAUGAAAAUGAUUGAUUCAGUCAUGAACUGUCAGCAGCUUACUAGCCUGAAGUCUGUGGAAAACGGAUCUGGGGAAAGUGAUCACCUGAGCAAUGAUUCCUCGUCUGCAGUGGGUGACCUGGAGAGCCACAGUGCAGGCAGCCCUGCCCUGUCAGAAUCCUCAUCCUCCCAGGCAAUGUCACCCACCAACAGCAAUGGUGAGAACUUCUGCUCUAAGUCCCCAGUCCUUGGCAACCAGGAGGAUCCACAGGAGAUCCCACUAAAGACAGAAAGGCCAGACAGUCCACCCCCAGGCCCAGGAAAUGGAGGUGCCUUGGACCUGACAGCCAGCCACCCCAGCCGGCCCAUCAUCAAGGAGGAGGCCCCCUUCAGCCUGCUGUUCCUGAACAGAGAGCGGGGUCCCAGCCACAGCACUCCUAGCCUGGUCUCCAGCCCUGCGCCCACCAUGAUCAAAAUGGAAGUGAACGGUCACAGCAAGGCCAUCACACUGGGUGAGGGCCCACCACUGCCGGCUGGAGUCCAGGUCCCCACAGGGCCCCAAACAGUGAUGACCGCAGGCCUGGCACCCAUGCUGGCACCCCCACCUCGCCGGACUCCCAAGCAGCACAACUGCCAGUCCUGUGGGAAGACCUUCUCCUCGGCCAGUGCUCUGCAAAUCCAUGAGCGUACCCACACUGGGGAGAAGCCCUUCGGCUGCACCAUCUGUGGGAGGGCCUUCACCACCAAGGGCAACCUCAAGGUACACAUGGGAACUCACAUGUGGAAUAACGCCCCUGCAAGGCGUGGACGCCGUCUGUCCGUGGAAAACCCCAUGGCCCUGCUAGGUGGUGAUGCCUUGAAGUUCUCUGAAAUGUUUCAGAAGGACCUGGCAGCUCGAGCCAUGAAUGUCGACCCUAGCUUUUGGAACCAGUAUGCAGCAGCCAUCACUAAUGGGCUCGCCAUGAAGAACAACGAGAUCUCUGUCAUUCAGAAUGGAGGUAUCCCCCAGCUCCCAGUAAGUCUAGGCGGAAGUGCCAUUCCCCCUCUGGGUACUAUGACCGGUGGGAUGGACAAAGCGCGCACCAGCAGCAGCCCACCCAUUGUCAGUUUGGACAAAGUGAGCUCAGAGACAGGAGCCAGUCGUCCAUUCACAAGAUUUGUUGAGGAUAACAAGGAGAUCGGUAUAAACUAGCUGGACUCACUGGGACUCAUUGCAUCUAUUCUGUCCACAUUUACAUUUUGCAAUUUGAGCAUCAGGCUUUGGACCCUCAUGCCUAGGUUCUCAUUAAAAUUUUACUUAUGGCAGAAAAUACUUUCACCGUGUGGCUGCCGAAAGGUCGUCUGUGAGCACUGCAUGGUACUUUGCUCAACAGUGGGUUUGACUGUUCUUAAGAACUCUGCAACCUUUUAAAUAAAUUCCAGUUAAAAAGAAAAAAAAGAAGUGCUUGGAAAACCGCCUUAGAACAGAAAGAGCUCAGAUCAUAUCCACUUCCUUUAUCCUAAAACCUAAUAACCCUUUCAAGGGUAUUCCAGUGAACCCCACUCGAUGGUUUUGUUCAAAUUAGUUAGAAACUUGAACUAUGUUUUAGGAACUCUUCACCUUAAAGAAGUGGUUCAGUACUCCUAAUGCUGUGUAUUACGACAGUAUCUUCGUCUGUAGUAUUUAUAAUGUUAAGAUUAUGCGGGUAACAGACAAUAAAAUAGCCCCAACCUUAAAUGAAGCUUUUGUACUGCAGAAUACACCUGACUAUGUGAUUUUUUUUAAAGCAAGAUUUGUUUUACUAUGAAUAAGUGGAUUAUUUCAACACAGGCAAAAUUGUGACGUUCUAUUGGGAAAGAUAGCAUGCUUUUUGUGUGCAAGUACCUGUCAGUAACAAGCCUUUUAUUUUUUUUUUUUUAACUUAAAUGUUUGUAGCUGCUAUGUGGACAGUUGUUCUCUAGUGUGGUCUGUAGCCCAGCGAUUGAUUGGGGAACAAGUUACAGACAAACAUCACCGUAAAUUAUUCACAACAUUAUAAACAGUUGUGAGUAAAUAUUUCACAUUAUCAAAGCUGUACAAUAAAAAGGUAAUGUUUAUAUAAUGUGGUUGCAAACUCUUAAUUUAUACGAUUGCACUUUUAGUAUUUUGUAUUAGGGAGGUUUGUCUAUAAUUUGAAAUUUUAAAAAGAUGUAAAGUAUUUUAUAAAUAGUACUUCGGUUUAAGGAAAAUGGGGGAAAAAACCCUGUUAUGGUUUCUUGUUUUGUCUUAAAGUCAAACAGUACAAGAAAUCUAUCCUACUUAAGCAGAAAAGCCACCAACACAUGUCAGCGCCUCAAAAAAGUAAGGCCUGCCAUUUCUUAAAUUAAGAUGAUUUAUUUAACUUUUCUACAAAGCCCAUUUAAAAACUGUGACCACCCUAAUGAAACUUUGAUGAAUUAAUCUUAGGACUGUGACAUCAGUACAAGUCCAGAAAUAACUGAGAGACAUUGUGUAGGUGUAAUUUUUACUGUAAGCUCUCCUGUCUCUUUCUCAGAUGCACACAAACAGUGUGACUGCCUAAUAGUGCUGGUUACUGCAUACAAUAAACAAGAAAUAGCAAGUGUCCGCAGUAUAAUCAGUCAUAACUUUGAAACUUCCUGAGUUCCUGAUUUAUUUAUUGUCUUCUCAAAUGAAAACAAAGCACAAUGUCCUCUGAUUAUUGAAAAUAUAGUCUUAUGCUGAUGACUUUAUCUAAAUUACAUCAAGUGAGCAAAGGCUGGGAGGUGGGGCUAAAUCAAAACUUGAACGUCAGUGUUGUGUGUACUACCUCAUUUUUGUGCAUUGCAAGUAUGCUGGGAUCUGACACAAUGAACUUCCAACAACAGAAUUGUUCAAGAGAUAUUGUGAGUAGCUGGGCAACAGUGCAAGGAGCUGUCAGCCCCUGAAGAAUGAAUCAAACAGUGAAUCUUCUCAGUUGAAACAGAAAAAUAGAACCAUCUUUCUAAUACAAGUCCAGCAACAGCAAAAGCCGUUGGAGGAGAACGGGCUCCUCUGCUGGCCUGUUGUUGAACAAAGAGUUUCAAAGGCUUAUUAGCUGUUUGUUUCUGUUGGAAAUGAACGUUGAACUCUGCAACUCUGUUUUCCAUGUGGUGAGAUGUGGCACCUCCGUGUCAUGCCAUCUCUCCUGGGGGAUGAGUGACAAGGAUGUGUCAGCAUUGGGAAGAGGAAACCGAGGUGGCUUAAUGUUGCUGUGUUUCAGCAGUUGAAUGUUUCGUUAUUUAUCUGUGUCCUUUUGGUGUGUUUUGUUUUGGUUAGUAUUUGGUACUAUGUUAGUGUCCUCUCUUCUCCCAGAAGGAUGUGUAUAUAACUUAAGAAAAGAGAAAUGUAAAGUGUUAUAAAUAAGGUGGCUCAUGAAGGGACAGUGAGACCAACCCCAGUCUGUAUGCAGGGCUGGCUCAUCCCUGCAUGGUGAAGAGAGACACUAUUUUUUUAUUGCAAUACCAUGCAGGGUGAGGACCUCCCUGAGCCAGCUGGGAAUUGUUACCUAGAUCCAAUAUUUUUUAUGAUUAAAUCUUGUGGCUUGACACAUCUACUGAUUGAAAUGGAUGUCUUAGUCUAGGUUACUAUUUUUGUCAUAUGGAACUGAAUAAAAUGCAGGAUGUGAUAUUAUUUCUGAAUUGCGUUCCUUGAUUCUUCUAAUGGAAAAGUGGAAUCUGAGGUCAUUUAUGGUGUAUGUAUUCUAUGGUGUUGCUACAAGGAAAGUCAAUGAGGGUUGACAGCUUAAAUUUAAGCAAUAUUGAAGAGUAUUUUGAUUGGUCUUGAAUGUUGGGGUUUUUUUCCAAAAUAAAAAUUCAUUCUUCUAAUUUUGGAUAUUUUUACAUCUUUCAUGGAAGAAAGGUGUAAUAGGAAACGCCUACCUGUUAAAAACUCAGCAGUACCCAAAGAUCACUGGACUCGAUUGCCUUUCCAUCACUGGCAUUAAGUGAAGAGAAUGGUUUUUCAGGUCACUUGACCAAAUAGAUGUGCAUCAAGUCGUGUUACAGGAAGGGACAUGAGUAGGAAUAUGCUUACAGUGCCACCAACGCCACAGGCAGUUGCAUGAGUUCACUGAUGUCAGCCCUGUGUCUGUUCUCCGAAUGGAGGACAUCCUUUAUGUUAAAAUAAGCUUUAUCUCAUGGAUGAUAACUGAUAAGACCACAACUUUAAAUAAUUUAAUGGCUCCUCGAUUUUAUGAUAUGUAAUUCAUUUCUUUUUCUAAAAAAAAAAAAAUUUUAAAUAGCUAUGAUACAGAGAAGCCACAGUAAUCUUUAUCUGGAAAGGACUGGGUGAUUUUUUUUAGUAAUGAUAAAGGCACUAACCACUAAAAUAGCUAGCUAGCUAGCCCAGGCCACCCUUCAGCAGAUUUCAGAAGCCUUAGAAAUUAAACCAUUUGAUUUCAGUACUAGAAUAGAAAUUAUCAGAUAUAACCUGAUUAAAGCAGAUGGUAAAUUCAAUUUUUAAAAAGAAAGUAGAAAAGAUCCUUUAGCCAAUUAGAAUAAUUAAU